AUGUUGCCAUUUAAAGGCGACGAUGUCCCUAUAGCAGGCCAUCUCAUGUUCCGCCAACAGCGGCAGUACCUUUACUAUCUUCGACUAAUUGAACAUGAGAUGCCAAAACUCGUAGGUUUCAGAAAGCCUUUUAUACCGCCAACUGCCUCCACUCCCCUUAUUGUUCGCUCAGUAGACUUUGCUGGUGAAGAGCACCCUCUUACGGCGAAGCGUGCUGUAGUUGUUCCGGUAGCCCACCUGCCGCUGAAUGGUCCAGAUGCCAUCCACAAAUUACAAAUACUUUCAGGAGUACGUUGGACACCGGAUCCUCCUCGGGACUCUGGCUUUGGAGGCGAUAGUGAUGCUGCAAAGCAUGGCUUCAUCAAGAUUUCAUGCGAGGACUUCCCCAAGUCACCAAUGAAUUUGAAGUGGAUCAGUGAUGUGAUAUGUCGUCUUGUUACCGAGGCUAAUUGUCAGAAGAGUGAUAAAUUCACAGAUGUACCAGUAGACACGAGACAUCUUGAGGCUAAGGCUAGGAAGGCAAAAAAGGGUGAUCAUGUCCGCGGCCGAGGAAACUCGAGACCAACGAUCAGAGAUUUUCCUCAGGAGUGGUUACCAAAACCUGAAGGAGAUGCUACACCCAUUCGUACCCCCUAA